GACACGCGUUGACCGCCCACGUGUUCCUUACUCACAUCUUCUCUUCCAAAAUCCCCACACGAGAAGAAGAAGAAAAAAAAAAGGAUCGGAAAAAUAGAAAUUUCAUCAAGGUUAGGUGCGAAGAAGAGACAGACAGACUUCAGAUCUAGCUUGAUCCGGUGAUAAUGGCGCUCGAAUGGGUUGUUUUAGGUUACGCGGCGGCGGCUGAAGCGAUCAUGGUGGUGCUAUUGACGAUGCCAGGACUCGACGGGCUGCGCAAGGGAUUAGUCGCCGUCACGCGUAAUCUCCUCAAACCGUUUCUCUCCAUAGUUCCGUUCUGUCUCUUCCUCUUGAUGGACAUAUACUGGAAGUACGAGACUAUGCCUUCGUGCGACGGCGAUUCCUGCACACCGUCGGAGCAUCUUCGUCACCAGAAAUCCAUGAUGAAAUCCCAGCGAAACGCGCUUCUCAUCGCGGCUGCUCUUGUCUUCUACUGGAUCCUUUACUCUGUCACCAAUUUGGUUGUCAGGAUCGAGCAUCUUAACCAGAGGAUCGAGAGGCUCAAGAACAAGGAUUGAUCGGUUGGUCUCGCCUCUCGUCUCAGGUCCAAUUAGUGUAAUGCCUUUUCUUCUUCUUUUUUUUUUUGUCUCUGUUUCAACGUUUUUGACUUCCGGAGAUUGAAAGAGUUAUCCUACUUUCCCAUGCUUGGAUUCUUAUUUGUUACCAGAUUGAGAUUGUUCUUGUUGAAUUUUGAAUUUUGAUUGACUAUAAUCUCCAAUUCAGGAUAUGCAUUUGAUGACACACACAUGAUUGAUGGUUUUAAUGAAUUGAGUCUAUGGCUA